CUCAGGGGUCCAUCGGUUCCACCUUCUCUCGUGUUUCCUCAUCGUCUAAGACAGUCUAGGCGAAUGAAUUGUUGUCGCUGUUGAUCUUCACUUUGUUCUUUUUCGUGCUAAUUACAUGUCUCAAACCUCCUGAAAAGACGGUCAACCGUCAAUCUGUCAAAGUGCUGUUCCUCUCAAUCCAUCGUGAAACCUCCAUCAGGUGGACCAGAGGAGUAUCCGUGCAAAAUGCCCUCCCUCCGAAUCCUCCUGCUCACCUUCAAUUGUGCCCGCAACUUCGUAGACCCUGAGAUCCUGGCCACUGAUAUACUUGAUGCCAUACCCGAAACCCCGACGUCGAAGGCAAGCAGAAUCAUCCCCGAUGUUAUUGCCGUCUCCUUACAGGAGGUGGCUCCCAUCGCAUACGCUUUCCUAGGCGGUCCAUAUCUCACCCCGUACCUAGCUCGAGUGGGGGCUGCCGUCCACCUCGCCUCCGAACGGUACGCGGAAACACACCAGGAGCGACAGACCGACAAUGUCGCGCCCGAGGAUUGGAUCUAUACGAAUGUUAUCACCAAGAACGUGGGAUUAACCGCGUUGAUGAUAUUUGCCAGGAGAAAAGUCGCGGAUUCCAUCUGCUGGAUUACUUGGGGCAGCGCGGGGGUGGGGGUCGGCGGCAUGGGCAACAAAGGAGCGGUGGGGAUCCGACUUGGGUUUGAUGCCGUGAAAGUCAAGCAGUCCGUGAAAGACUGGGACGAAGACAGCGGGGUUUCGGUGCUCGAGGUCACUUUCGUCGCGGUCCACCUCGCCCCGAACGCUGGGAAUGUUGAGAGGCGGAACCAGGACUGGGAGAACAUUGUUCGGAAUCUGGUUUUCCUACCGGAGGAGGCAUUUGUCCCUAAUACUGACGAGCCCUUUGGUAUUGCCAAAGAUACGCCCAGACCGAAGCUAAACUUCAGUAUAUACGGCAAAAAUGACUCCUCAGAAACCUCUGCCGCUCUCCAUUUUGUCUUUGGCGAUCUGAACUAUCGUACUGGGGAUGAAGAUCCCGAUCCGGACUCGUAUAUGGCCUUCCCUCAGCCAACACAGGAUAUCUCCUCCCUUCUCCAUUACUCUCGCCUCCUCACAAAAGACCAAUUGAACGCAGAACGCGCGGAAAAUCGCACCCUCCAUAGCUUCGAAGAGCUGGACGUUACUUUCCCCCCAACGUACAAGUACGAUCCCAACCAGCACUGGCCCGGCUACGAAAAUGGGCUCCGCGUGCCGAACACCACGGGCUGGCUCUGGGAGGCAACCCGAUGGCCAUCAUGGUGCGACCGGAUCCUUUUUCUGCCUCAGGAACCGCUCACGGUUGAGAAAUACGUCUCUCUCCCCGUCCAACCGACUUCCGACCACCGACCUGUCGCUCUCUCGGCAACCGUGAACUUGAGCAAGACGCUGGGCAAAGCGAUGGAGGUCCAGGAGGGGCCAUUUCCUCUCAAUCCGGAUUGGGAAGGGAGAAGACGCGAUGCCCGGAUGAAGGAGGUGGUCGUCGGUGGGCUCUCCUGGUUCGUGUUGACGACGGAGGGGCGCAUUUGGUUUUCAGGUCUGACUAUCGGUGGUCUGGCGACACUGUUUGCGAUCAUCGCCUUGCUUAAAGUUUGA